AUGGCAAGAGAUAAUAAUUUAGACCAAUUUUAUACUAACCCUUUAACGGCUAAAAAACUCACUAGCAUUUUUGCCGAAGAAGUAAAAAAACUAGGCCAUCAAAAAAUUAAUUUUAUUGAACCGUCUGCUGGAACUGGAAACUUUUACCAAGCCAUUCGGGAAAUCAACAAAAACAGCCAAUCUGCAAAAAUAGCAAAUCCAGAUUAUAAGAUGAAUAGGCACGUUACAGGUAAAAGUGUUUACCGUUUUAAGAACCCACCAAUAAUUAAUCUUGAAGACCGAGACUUUCCUCUGGCAGCUUUGGAACUAAAAACUAAACAGUUAGAACAAGAAAUAAAAGCCAUUGAAAACAACCCCACUAAUUAUUUCCUUUAA